AUGGCUUCCGCAUCUACAAAGGCAGCCGCCACGAAAUCGAUUGUGACACCGGCAAAGACUUUGAAGGGUCAUGAAAAGUGGAUUCGAUCCAUAUCCUACUUUGCUGACGGCCAGCGAAUGAUCAGCGGAUCUGAAGAUAAGACCGCUCGGCAAUGGGAUCUGAAGGCGGGUAGGGAGAUUGAGGAAGCGCGGGGUGUUUGCGAGAAGGAGGUAUUGGCAGUGGCGGUAUCAAGGGAUAGUCGAUGGGUUGUUACGGCUGGUGGAGAGGAAGAAACGUUAACCGGGGAGCUGAAAGUCUAUGAGGUUGAGACGGGGAUUGUGAAAAAUUUUGAAGGCCACUCAAAAAGGAUCAUAUGCAUUGAUAUCUCCACGGACAGCAAGCUGCUGGCAAGCGGGUCAGAUGAUUGGACAGCACGGAUAUGGAACUUGGAGACCGGCAAACUCGUGGCCGGUCCAUUCAAGAGUGUUAGUUGGGUGGGCGCAGUUCGGUUUUCGACGGAUUCGAGGAAGCUCGCAAUCAAGUCGGAUGUGGGGACGUGCCUUCAGGUCUGGGAUAUCCGCAAACAGAAAUUGGAUGCGAGCAUAGGGAAACCAAUUGGAAGGGAUGUGACGUAUGCGCCAAUAUUCUGGACAAAUACAAACAAAAAUAUCUUGGCCGCAUUCACCUUCGACACGGAUGACGGUUCCAGUACAAUUUACGAGUUUGACGCCUCAACAUUGGAGAUUCUCGGAACUCCCUUCAAAGGGCACACCAAAGUCAUUUACGGCCUAGCACUUUCAUCCGACAACACUCUCCUCGCUAGCUCUUCACUUGACCACACCAUCAAGCUCUGGGCCUUCGAGUCCCGCCAACUCCUCGCUUCCUUCGACGUUCAGAAUUCUUUCACCCUUGUCCUCUCACCCGACUCGCGCCAACUAGCUUACACGGAUUACGAUAUCGAGAACGACGAUGAGUACGAGAUUUACAUAUGUGAUAUUCCACCCGAUGUGCUUGCUCAGGCCCGUGCCGGUGCACGCAAAAAUUCAACCCUCAAUGAUCUUCUAAACUCUGACGCAACUCGUCGUCCUCCUUCAGUACGCCGCAGACCACAGACACCCGUCACACCUAUGGUGCAGAGGCCUCCGCCUACAAUGGACCCCCAACAACCUAUUUCCAUUCGCCUCCGCCAACUUUUUCGCUUCUCUCCUCGCAAGAAUACAGCUGUCCAACUUCAUAACCCUCUAGAUGUCCCUGCUACAUUACCCCUACCAUCCUCUCUGGGACAGGACGAAACUCGGUUUGAACGUUUCGAAAUAAGUUCUCCACCUCCCUCGAACGGUCCAGUCACGCAAUUCCUGCGACACCACCUUCCUUUCCUCGUGCCAAGACACAGCAAUGCGCCACCAGUCAUGGAAGUCGCACCAGGGCGGAAGUUCAAUCGGCUGGUUGCUGCCAAUCUACCAGAAUACAAAAAAGUAGACGACACCCGACAUCCGCCUCAGGCUGGAGUGCCGCAGGACAUCGACUCAUCUGACAACGAUUCACUCCCAGACGUGCACUGGUGCAAGGCGUUCCUGUGCUACUAUUCGUGCUGGUCUCAUGGCAGGUUGAGGAUGCCUCCUCGAUGGCACUUGGAGCGCGUUGAGAGACCUCGCCAAGACGGCACGACAAAUGGCAGCUCUAGUGGUACUCGUGGUCAUAGUUGA